AUGUUUCAAACAGCAGUUAGGAGGUCAUCUGUAUUCCAGCCUUUAAAAUAUGGUGGAAAGUACACGGUAACUUUGAUCCCAGGAGACGGUACCGGCAAAGAAAUAUCCAACUCGGUUUCGACUAUCUUCAAGGCUGCCAAUGUCCCUGUAGAGUUUGAAGAAAUCGAUGUGACGGGAAUGGACAAGAGAGACAAACCAACAGAAGUGGCUUUACAUGAAGCAAUUCAAUCUAUGAAGCGUAACAAGGUUGGUUUGAAGGGAAUUUUUUACACUCCUUCCGAACGCGACGGACACACUUCUUUUAACGUUGCUUUACGUAAGGAAUUAGACUUGUAUGCAUCCUUAUCGCUCAUAAAAAACAUCCCGGGCUUAAAGACUCGUCAUACCGGUGUCGACUUUGCUCUUAUUCGUGAAAAUACCGAAGGUGAGUAUUCCGGAUUAGAGCAUCAAUCCGUUCCCGGUGUGGUUGAGUCUCUUAAAAUUAUAACCGAAGCAAAGUCGAAGCGUAUUGCUCAAUUUGCUUUUGACUUUGCUCUUAAAAACAACAGAAAGUCAGUUACUUGUAUUCAUAAAGCUAAUAUUAUGAAGAUGGCUGACGGUCUUUUCCGUAAAACAUUUUACAACACCGCUGCUAAUUACGAGUCUAUUACUGCAAAUGAUUUGAUCGUUGACAAUGCUUCUAUGCAGGCCGUCUCUCGCCCUCAACAAUUCGAUGUACUUGUUACUCCCAAUUUGUACGGAAGCAUCUUAAGCAACAUCGGUAGUGGCCUCGUUGGUGGUCCUGGCGUUGUCCCCGGUGGUAACUUUGGACAUGAGAAUGCUCUUUUCGAACCUGGCUGCCGCCAUACUCAAUUAAACAUUACCGGACGUAAUGAAGCCAACCCUACCGCCAUGAUCCUUAGUGCUUGCAUGAUGCUUCGUCACCUUAACUUGAAGGAAUAUGCUGACUUGAUCAAUGCUGCCACUUAUUCUGUUCUUGAGGACGGCAAGACUGUCACUAAAGAUUUGAACGGUACCGCCAACACUGAGGAAUUUACUCGUGCCAUUCUUGAAAAAAUGGAGAGACUUUGA